UUUGGCAUUUUCAGUGGAAAAAGACCAUCAUUUCUCCCCCCUCUCAUCUCAUUCGCGUGUUUACACGCUCCUACCCUUCGCACUCUCUUCACCGAAUCCCACCAAAAUAUAAAUUACCCACUUUCCUUGGCCUUCCCUCGCUGCAUCCACUUCCGUCCUCUGCCGAUCCUCCAUCUCUUUUGGAAAUCCCUUCUCUUCAAGCAUCGAUCAUGGCUUCUUUCAAAACCCCAGCCCUCAAAAACCCAUCCCUUUCCCUUUCCUCUAAACCCCGACUUCCUUCUGCAUUUUCCGUCUCCUUCCGUGACAACCUGCGGUUUUCGCGCUCCUCCUCUAGACCGCAACGCCGUUUCUUAAUCAUAACAGCUUCCGCUGCAUCUAUCUCUAGCAAACCUACCGUACUCGUCGCCGAGAAACUCGGCGAAGCGGGUUUGACGCUGCUCAAGGAGUUCGCCAACGUGGACUGUUCUUACAGCCUCUCUCCCGAAGAGCUCUGCACCAAGAUCUCGCUUUGCGAUGCCUUGAUUGUGCGCAGCGGAACCAAAGUCAGCCGCGAGGUCUUUGAAUCAGCUGGCGGGAGAUUGAAAGUUGUUGGGAGAGCUGGUGUUGGGAUCGAUAAUGUGGAUCUGGCCGCCGCCACCGAACAUGGCUGUUUGGUCGUCAAUGCGCCUACUUCUAACACUGUGGCGGCGGCUGAGCAUGGGGUCGCGCUUUUGUCUGCCAUGGCUAGGAACGUAGCUCAAGCCGAUGCUUCCAUGAAGGCUGGGAAGUGGCAGCGAAACAAAUAUGUAGGUGUAUCCCUUGUUGGAAAGACACUUGCUGUCUUGGGUUUCGGAAAGGUUGGAUCAGAGGUAGCUCGGCGAGCCAAGGGGCUUGGCAUGCAUGUUAUUGCCCACGAUCCUUAUGCCUCAGCUGAUCGAGCUCGUGCUAUAGGUGUGGAGCUGGUGAGCUUUGAGGAAGCCAUAUCCACUGCAGAUUUUAUUUCUCUGCACAUGCCUCUCACCGCUGCUACUAAUAAAAUGCUCAAUGAUGAGACAUUUGCUAAGAUGAGGAAAGGUGUUCGCAUUGUUAAUGUUGCCCGUGGGGGAGUGAUUGAUGAAGAUGCUCUUGUGAGGGCAUUGGAUGCUGGAAUUGUAGCUCAGGCUGCACUUGAUGUCUUCACUGAGGAGCCACCGAAACAGGACAGCAAAUUGGUUCAGCACGAGAGAGUUACGGUGACUCCACAUCUUGGUGCCAGUACAAUAGAAGCUCAAGAAGGAGUGGCUAUUGAAAUAGCCGAAGCUGUUGUUGGAGCCUUGAAAGGGGAACUUGCUGCGACUGCAGUCAAUGCACCAAUGGUUCCUGCUGAGGUUCUAAUAGAGUUGAAACCAUAUGUCGAGCUUGCUGAAAAACUUGGGAGGCUGGCUGUCCAAUUGGUAGCAGGUGUAAGUGGUGUAAAAAAUGUGAAAGUGUCGUAUGCUUCCUCUAGAGCUCCUGAUGACCUUGACACAAGGCUGCUCCGUGCGAUGAUCACCAAGGGGCUUAUUGAGCCUAUUUCCAGUGUUUAUGUGAACCUAGUUAAUGCUGAUUACACCGCUAAACAAAGAGGACUGCGGAUUACGGAGGAACGCAUUGUUAUAGAUGGUUCACCUGAGUGUCCACUAGAGUCCAUCCAAGUUCAGAUUGCCAACGUGGAAUCAAAAUUUGCUGGCGCGAUAUCAGAGUCGGGUGAGAUUAAGGUCGAAGGACAGGUGAAAGAUGGAAUUCCCCAUUUGACAAAGGUAGGGUCAUUCCAAGUGGAUGUAAGCUUGGAGGGUAGCAUUAUCCUUUGCAGACAGGUUGAUCAGCCUGGUAUUAUUGGUAAGGUGGGAAGUAUUUUGGGGCAGGAGAAUGUGAAUGUGAGUUUCAUGAGCGUUGGGAGGAUUGCGCCUAGGAAGCAAGCAGUGAUGGCCAUAGGGGUUGAUGAUCAGCCCAGCAAAGGAUCUUUACAGAGGAUCGGCGAGGUUCCUGCCAUUGAAGAGUUUGUUUUCCUCAAGUUGUAGGUUGACAGUACCAUUUGCCAUAUCCUUUUCUUGGGUUACAACCCUGUAGUACUAAAAAAUUUUGAAAAUCUGUCAUUGAUUGUGUUCUGUCUCGGAUAAGAAAGAAUAAUUUCGUUGAACUUGAGUGAUUCAGAUUGUGAUUAAUAUAUAUUUUCAGAUGAACUUAAGUGAUUCAGAUUGUGAUCAAAUAUGUAUUUUUGAUGAACUUUAAGUGAUUCAUUUGUGAUUAA